UUUGGAAGAGAAGAAGACAGCUUACUAUGCGCCUCAGAUCCUAGAGGAAAAGCGAAAUUGAGGAAAGCAGAGAGAAUGGGAGCCUUCAGUUUCCAUUGGAUCGCCAUGGUAAGCUUCACGGCUCACACAAUUCGCCUAAUUUCACCAAUUAUCACCACACUGUUUCACUACAUAACCCUAGGAUUAUGCUCAAAAUGCAUUACAUUAAGCAGACUAGAUCUAGGGUUGAAAGGAAGCUACCAGAUUUUGAAGCACAAGGAAUGAGAAGUUCAGCGGUUGCGCCGGAGAAAGAGGCUUGCCAAAUCGAGCAUCGGAGAUCCAGAACCGCCAACAUCAAAUCUGUCCUCCAGGCACACACAAGUCGGCUCCACCAAAGGGUCGAUCGGAGUCUGAAACAUGGAUCCAAGGUCCCCAGUGCUAGAUCAAGUCGAAAAGUCGUCAAGGUUAACCAAAUUUUUUGGAUCGAAUGUCAGAUUUGCGCUAUUGGAGAACUGUCCCACAAAGAGAACGUCGGCUGGCCCCUUCGAUCGGACGAUGAUGGCAUGAACAGCGAGAAGGAGAAAGGGAAAGGAUACAAGAGAGAAGAGAGAAAAGGGAAAUGAAUUUUGGCGAAGGUUGGAGUCGAACUAGAUUUGGGAGAGGGAAAUAUUUAGGUUUAGCUGGGGAGGGAAACUUGGAAUGUAGAGAAGGAAAAUUGGGGAAAAUGUGGAGGGAAGUGAAAAUAAGGACAGCCGGCUAAAAUCAAAGAGUAAAAAAUUGAGUUUAAC